AUGCAGUUUAAUAAACGGUGGCAAAAACCAUUUGUGCCUCUCGAGAAGCCCAUCAAGGAGGACAGUGGAAAGAGUCCGUUACCGCCGGCAAGUCUCAUCGACACAUACAGCAGUCGGCGUCGAUCCACAGCAACUUGCAGCUUGGAGGAUUCGAAUCCCAAUGCAUCAACUACCAAAAUGUCCGGACACUGGCCAACAAAAGAACCGGAACAUGUUGAUUUUCAUGAUAUCAAUUUGAGGGUGGAAAACUUGCGAAAACGGUUAGAAAAAACGAUGAAUGACUUGCCAAAUCAAUCACCAAGAAAAUCACUGGAUUCAGAAAAUGAAAAAGCUGAGCUGUUGCUAGAAAGCCGAAGGCUUGCUGGAGCU